AUGCUCCGUCCUCUCGAGGACGCGUGGAGUGGACCGACGACCCCUCGCCAGAGCGGGACCACGGUGUCGUUUGUGGCCCCAUCCCCCGGCACCCCUGCGAGGAAGGGUCCCUUCGAGGGUUGGCAGGCACGCGGAGGGAGCAGCCCUCUCUCCAAAGGCCAUCAUCACGUGACGCAGCAGCAGCAGGAGCAGGAGCAGCAGUUUUCCUCCUGUCCGGGAGUUGGCAAGGCGGGCGGCGGGAGCACUGCAGCGGCUGCCUGCAGCGCGAUCGCCAUGACGGCGGCCGGUUCGGGUUGGGUGCGGCCCGGCUUUCAAUUGGCCACUGUUGCUUCCGAGGCUACUGCUGAGGCGUCGGGGCAGUCUGUGUACGCCGCCUGCGCAGCGUCAAACACACGGCGUGCGGUCGAAAGGGGCGGUGUUGCCGCCGCACAGAAAGCGCUGACAGAAAAGGAGCAUGAGUUGGUCGAAAGUAAACAGCGCGAGGCCGCAAGCACCGCUGAGUGCAGCAUGGCUCAGGAGCUCGCGCGCGAGAGCACCGAGGCGCUAAAGGAGGAGAAGGCUAAGAGAGCAGAGGCAGAGCGGUCGCAGCAAGAGGCAGAGCGGAGGAAGCAAGAGGCUGAACGAGACAAGGCGAAGGCGGAGGCGGUGGGCGUAGAUGAUGGGUGCUUCCUCGCUGCUGCUGUUUUUUUCGCCAGCAGCAGGAGGAGCACUGCUUCCUCCAGCAGGAGGAGUCCGCGCGGUCCCACCGCCCGGCGGCUGUUCGAGGGCAGCAGCUUUGCGGGGCCAGGCCAAGGGAUCGACCGUCCAAAACGCCACCUGCACACCUUGAGCUCCGGCACCCGGCGGUCAUCCAGCAGCCAGCACGACCAGCACCAUCGCGAGCAGGACCCGAAUUCCCCCCUUUCACGGCCUCGGAGCUCUUCCAGCAUGCCCAGCCCGAAUCAGCUUGCGGCCCUGGAGCGCGAGGUGGAGAUCUGCUCUGCCCGCGUGGCCCGUACAGCCGGGUAUGUCCGAUUCAGCGUCGCCGCCAAGGCGGGCGGAAGCGGCGGCGGCGGCGGCAGCGGCAGCGGCAGCCGCAGCGGCAGUAGCGUGUAUGCCGCGGUUGACGAGGACGAGGGGGAGAUGGACAGGCCGCCUUCGCCGCCCUCUAGCGGCUCCACGGGCCGUGGUUCGGAUGGCGGCGGAGGUGCUGAUGCUACAGGGAGAGCGAUAGACCGAGAUGCCAAGAAGACGAGGACGACGGAUACACCCACGCCUCACAACGUCAACGUCAAAGGCAGCGGCAGCGGCAACGGCAACGGCAGCCGCAGCGGCAGUAGCGUGUUUGCCGCGGUUGACGAGGACGAGGGGGAGAUGGACAGGCCGCCUUCGCCGCCCUCUAGAGGCUCCACGGGCCGUGGUUCGGAUGGCGGCGGAGGUGCUGAUGCUACAGGGAGAGCGAUAGACCGAGAUGCCAAGAAGACGAGGACGACGGAUACACCCACGCCUCACAACGUCAACGUCAAAGGCAGCGGCAGCGGCAACGGCAACGGCAGCCGCAGCGGCAGUAGCGUGUUUGCCGCGGUUGACGAGGACGAGGGGGAGAUGGACAGGCCGCCUUCGCCGCCCUCUAGAGGCUCCACGGGCCGUGGUUCGGAUGGCGGCGGAGGUGCUGAUGCUACAGGGAGAGCGAUAGACCGAGAUGCCAAGAAGACGAGGACGACGGAUACACCCACGCCUCACAACGUCAACGUCAAAGGCAGCGGCAGCGGCAACGGCAACGGCAGCCGCAGCGGCAGUAGCGUGUUUGCCGCGGUUGACGAGGACGAGGGGGAGAUGGACAGGCCGCCUUCGCCGCCCUCUAGAGGCUCCACGGGCCGUGGUUCGGAUGGCGGCGGAGGUGCUGAUGCUACAGGGAGAGCGAUAGACCGAGAUGCCAAGAAGACGAGGACGACGGAUACACCCACGCCUCACAACGUCAACGUCAAAGGCAGCGGCAGCGGCAACGGCAACGGCAGCCGCAGCGGCAGUAGCGCGUUUGCCGCGGUUGACGAGGACGAGGGGGAGAUGGACAGGCCGCCUUCGCCGCCCUCUAGAGGCUCCACGGGCCGUGGUUCGGAUGGCGGCGGAGGUGCUGAUGCUACAGGGAGAGCGAUAGACCGAGAUGCCAAGAAGACGAGGACGACGGAUACACCCACGCCUCACAACGUCAACGUCAAAGGCAGCGGCAGCGGCAACGGCAACGGCAACGGCAACGGCAACGGCAACGGCAACGGCAACGGCAACGGCAGCGGCAACGGCGAGGUGGUCGCGUGCAGGAAGAGCGGGGCGGCAACGGGAAGGGCGACCGACAAGAACGGCCCGGCGCCCGCGGAUCACCCGGCGCCACUCCGACGCGCUUCCACCGGCAAGAGCGUCGCCGCGGUGAAAUCGGCGUGGGAGAAGGCAGGAGAAGGAAACGGCGCCGCCGCUGGUGGUGUCAAGAGCCGGGGAGCUGGAAAAGCGGCUCAGCACCUGUCUACAUCGGCGAGGAUCUCGCCCGGGAUCCAGGCGCUGAUGGCCAACUACGACGCCGCCGCUAGUUACUCUAGACCGGUCACCCCGGGAAUAAAAACGACGCUGUCGACCACACCUGCAAAGCCCGCUGGAUCUGCAGCUCCUUCUAAAACUGCCGCCUCCGGUGGCGGCGGCAGCGGCGGGCGGGGUGCGACAAGCGCAGGAGCAGCAUCACCCGAGGACCGUGAAGUGUUUACGGCUGUGGCUGCAAAGGAUGCGGCAACGCCCACGUCGGCGGUGCCCCAAGCGACGAGCGUGUUUGCUUCUACCCCCGCGGGCGGCGCGAUGCGGGACAUCUCGGUAGGCGUCGCCGGGUUCGCUUCGGUCUUCAAGUCCUUUGACGGGAGAGGUGCUGCUGCUCCGGUACGGACGACCCCAAGGUCGCAGCAGCAGCAGCAGCAGCAGCAGCAGCAGCAGCGUCGUAGGAAGCACCGCAACGACGCGGGAGAGAUACGCUGCGCGAUGCGGGGACAUAGACUGUCCCUCAAGCAUGCGCUGGAGGCGGAAGCGGCGGCGGCGGCGGGAUCCGCAGCUAAGGGGCAAGAAGUGGCGGUGGAGCGGGCGAGGGACGGUCGGAGUCGCGCGGAGUCGUCGGUGCAGCGACGGAGGUCGUUGGCAAGCUCCAAGAACAAGGUGUUUGGAGUGCCCUUGAUCGGGCUGAUGCAGCAGGGGGAACAGGUUCCUUGGGUGGUGAAGCGCUUCGUCGAUUUCCUCAGCAAGUUUGGACUGGAGUCGGUUGGACUGUUCAGACUGGCCGGAGACGGGAUGGACUGCGCCGACCUCAGGGAUGCGCUCGAUAACGGCAAGCAGGUGUGCUGGGACCCGAUGGACCCGAUAGACGAAACGGAAGAGUCAACAAAGGCCACCGUCUGCGCUUCGUCCUCCCUCAUGGACGUCAACAUGGUGGCCCAGCUGCUCAAGGCCUUCUUUAGAGAGCUGCCAGAACCCCUGGUCCCCUUUAGCAAGGUGAUCGCCAUCGCCAAGGCCGCGGGCGUGGCCGACGCUCGUUGGGUGCAGGCGAUGAAGAGUAUCCUCUGGGGUAUCCCCAUCGCCAACUACAACUGCCUCAGGUUUCUGUUCGAAUUCCUCCGCAAAGUGGCCAUGCACAGCUCCACCAAUCGGAUGACUUCUGAGAACCUAGCCAUUGUUUGGGCCCCGAACCUGCUCCGUCCCCAGGACGACCAUCCGUUCGCGGUUCUCAGAGACCUUCGGUUUCAGAUCGAGACGGUGCGUUGGAUGGUCGAUUGCUGCGAUCAGCUGUUCGACGGCUGACGGUUGAUUGCUGGAGCUGAUGUUGCAGGGUACAAGUAUUCCUUGGUGCUGCCGGCACGGGUGGUUACUUUUGGUUGUUUUGUUGUGACGUGGUUUGACGCCACUGAGGGUUGAGGGUUGAGGGUUGAGGGUUGAGGGUUGACGGUUGAGGGUUGACGGUUGAGGGUUGAUGUUGUUGGGGGGUGAGACUUGAGUUGACCCAACCAGCUACAGGUACAAGUACAUGUCUUUGUCCCGUGCAACCUUUCGUUAUGUUUUCCUCCCCUAUUUCACUUUUCCUUUUCCGGUGGAUGGGUUGGAAGAUCGUAAGGUCACGAUAGCGCUAACCCUUUACGUAGUGACCCACCCCCGGUACCAUAGCGUGCGUUCCCAAGAUCCAAGGGACUAAAGGAAAUGGGAAUGAUAGUAGGGAGGCUGGCCGAUAGCGCCAAGCUUCCCCCCCCUCCUCCACAGAGAACGGACGGUUUAUUCACUUCACUGAGAGAAAGCUACACGCUAUUUAGUCGUCCAUGCAAAAUUUGGGCCACAAAAGUAAGAUUGUCAUAAUAGAGUGUUUUGAUCUGGCAGGAUGCCAAAGAGCGGCACGAACGAUAGUAGUGUGGGCGAGCGGGAGGGCUAAGGGUGAAGGGGGAAGAGAAAGUAAGGUGUGAUGUGAUCCCCCGCCAAGAUAUGGCACAAGGUGAAAGUACGUCGGGCCUAUUGGCAGCACAUUUAUUAUCACCUUACGUCAUCACAAGUGAUACAGACAGUGGAUUGUAACGAGGGUUUAUAGGUCUUAGAAGCUCGGUACGUCAACUUUUUUGCGGUCUCUUGCUUUUCUAAUAUAGAAAAGGUAUGCUGGCAUUUUGUGCAGCCCGGCAGUACUGUCGCACGGCGUAGAGAAUGGUUGUGACGUCUGUGCAGGGCUGCUCUGUGCAACGGUUCACCCCGUGCACAAUCAUGGAAGUGCCCUCCCGUUUCCUUCUGUGAGCUGGAAAAGUCGGCAAGAGUCAGCCCGGGUUUCCAUGAUUGUGCUUCAUUAAAUGGUAUGCAUCCCAAGUACGCGACGAGGACAAAAGUAGCAAGAGUUGCGUUCCUCCUUUCCGUCGUGCAGGCAGGGCAGGGAAGAGUUGCGUGGUGCAUUCGGGGAAGGAAAUACAUGCGUCGAAGGCGAGGAUUGAAAUUGAUUUGUAGCGAGGUGUUGGUAACGAGGCGGUUGGGUGUGAUGGUUGCUCGUGUUUGACAUCUCUGAAGGUGGCAAGUUUCUGUCCCUUUGCUGGACUACAGGAGCCGAGCUUAACCGCCUGGUGGCACAUAGCACUGUCAUGGGGGUAGAUGAUUGUAGACCUGGCCUGGGUGGGUGGCAAAGGCCCUUCCAAAUCUGUGAUAUCUGUGAUAUUGGAAAGGUCGAAUGUCGGUAAUGGCUGUUUUUUGUGCGUUUUCUACAUACCGUUGCGCCCUUUGUGAUUGGCAUCUGUUCUAUUUUUUCAUUUCUCGUGUUUAUUACAAAUGUUCAUGUCGCCGUUGCGUCUGUGUCAAAAGAGAGCUUGUGUCUUGUUCUUUUCCAAGUUCUGUUCUCGUCUUUUUAGAUGCUGUCUUUAUGAUUUUUGUUGGAUUUUGUUCCUGCGUUGCCACAAGGUUUUGUCGUCCUUGCUGUAUCGGUACUUGGCUUUUGCUUCCGCCUUAUUCGUGUGUGUUUUCAGUUUGUAUGAAUCCUUCUUGGUGCUUUCACGUAAUAAGUGCAGAAGCUUUGAUGAAGGAUGGUGCAUGUGUAUAGGUAGGUAGGUAUGAUUAUGUCUGGUUACAUUCUAUCUUGUUACGUUGGCUUGACUUGUGCUGGGCGAACUGUACGCGCCUGCAGUUGGCAGUAUGCGGAAAAACAGGGGUAGAGAGAGCGGUAUGUUGGCCUCUUUUUGUGUGUAUCGUGUGCAGUGAAGAAGUUGUUGCCAGCGGUAUGAGACGGGUUCGUAGAGAUGAGAAAUACACCGGUAACAAGCUCCGGGUCGGUUUACUUUUUUAUGACGGCGGUCGCUUGUCAGUGUCUUGUAUGGAGUGGCAGUUACAUGUCUUGCCUUUUUUUAUUCUCUUUGUUGGUGUGCAUGUUGUUGUUGGUGUAGCGUGCCGCUGGUGUAUCUGUAUAUCGCUUCCUUCCCCGGAACGUGCUUACCCAAGGACGGUUACGUUUACGACGCGAUAUUAAAUAUCGCAAAUGUGAAGCUGAAGAUAUUGAAUGAAUGUACUUACGCAAUCAUGGAAAUCGAUGUGGCGAUUGAUGCGCUUGGGGGAUGGCGGGUACAUCUAGACAUGAAGCUGCUGCUAUAGAGCUGCUGCGGUGCUAUAUGAUAUUUGGCUUGCUUGGGUGCGCGUGCCACUGGCUGGCCAUUUUUGCAGUAGAGGGUUGUUGCGUAGUUGAGUUGGCUUUGGCCUGUUGUUUUUUUGCAGAGCCCUUGUUUUAGCUAUCUGUGUCGCGUUCGCCGUGCUUUGUUCUUUGUUGCUCAGGUUUGUAUGUGUUGGAUGUGGGACAGGGUUAGGCGUAACCCGCUCAGGUUAUAUCCGGUGUGACGCUACAACACUUGUGUUUUUCAUGCUGCACUGCGGCGGGGGCAGGUUCUUGUGCACAAACAACACCGGCGUAUCACCGACAAUUUUAUGCACCGACAAGCUGUUGUCGUUCGCGGUCGUCUUGAGGCAGCGUCAGGUGGACGGAUGGUGGGUGGCUCGGUAAUUUCGGCGGCCGCCAUGUGUGCGACAUCGUCGGCACACGUGGCAAGCCGUGACCGCUAGUCUCGCGGUUCCAGGGCAAAAGAUUGCGUUUGUCUUCAUGCCAAUUGGUGGGCCUCCGGCGGCCGUCCGUUGCCGAGGUGUAUCUGUGGUGCUGUUUCGUGUACCUGGUACUCUAUUUUCUCCCGUGAGUGUAACGCUUCUCUGGGUAGCGCUGUUUGUAACGGUAAUAUUGUCACCUUUUAGCUCUGUGUGUGCUCUGCGCCUUCCCUGCUGUUCUGCCGCAGUGAGGGCUCGAGGGAACUGCGUGCGUCUAGUACUACUGUAGUUUUUUGAAUAGUCCU